UGUGAGGACGUCAUGAGGGUGGGUUCGAAGAGUUUCUUCCUCGCCAGCCUCCUCCUCCCUAGCUGGAUGCGAGGGCCGGCUAUAGCCCUCUACUCCUUCUGCCGCAAGGCUGACGAUGAUGUGGACGAGGGGAACGUGGAAGGAGCGAAGCUUCGGCUGCAGCUGCUCGAGAAGCGACUGGCAGAUGCCUAUGACGGGAACCCCAAUGACAACCAGGUGGACCGAGCGUUCUCAGCUGUGGUGCGUGCCUUCGAGAUCCCAAAGUCGCUGCUGGAUGCGAUGCUGGAGGGAUUCCGUUGGGACCUGGACAAGGUGAAGUACGAGAGCUAUAGCGACGUGAUCGCCUACUCUGCCCGAGUGGCUGCGAGCGUUGGGGGGAUGAUGACCAUCCUGAUGGGGGGGAAGUGCGGAGUCACGUUUGCCCGGGCCUUCGACCUCGGGGCAGCGAUGCAGCUGACUAACAUCGCGCGCGAUGUGGGGGAGGACGCGAGGAAUGGGAGGGUCUACUUGCCUUCGGAGUGGCUGAGGGAGGAGGGGAUUGACCCUAAGGACCUGCUGAGGGAACCGCGGCACAGCCCUGGGCUCGCCAGAGUGAUCGAGAGGCUACUGCAGGUCAGGGCCGACAUGCUCUACCAACGUGCGGAUCAUGGGAUCUCCAUGCUGCCGCUGUCGUGCCGGGUUGCGAUCCGAGCUGCUCGUCUGAUAUACUCUGAGAUCGGUACAAAGCUCAAGAAGAAUUCGUUCGAUAGCAUCUCAAGAAGGACGGUCGUCUCCAAGAAGAAGAAGAUCUUGCUGGCGAUCCGGGCAUGCGCGGAGCUUGUCCGCCCUCCUCGGGAUAUCUGCAGUGAACCUGUUCUUCCUGAGUGUGAGUUCCUCCUCAAGGACAUCUUGCCACUGCUGAAGGAAUCCAACUUGACCGGGGGGGAUGUAGCUUGUUAAUCCAAGAAAUGGGUUGAGCGAUCGCGCGGGUGUAAAUUAUCUUGUUCUCAGUAAAUCAAGACAAUGCUU